GAAUCGAGUGCUCGUUGCAGGCAGAACCUGCUUGAUGGAUUCGAUUCGACAAGAAUCCGAGAAGCUGUCCUUUGUUUUCCGGUAGCGUACACCAUCAGAGGAAGACCAAAUCCGACCCUCAUCCGGCCCGUCAGAGCUUCCUUUGGGUUGUGCAAUCUGCGCAGCUCUCAUCAAUCAAUGCUAGCUAGAUGGCCAAGUUGUCAUGGAAGAAGAACGCCACCCUCUUUGCUUUGAAGGAGGACUAGAGCUUACAAGGCGAGCGUCAUUUAACUCUGACAGCUCGCAGUGCAUGAGCGGAGCAUUGCCUCAAGUGCUCUCAUCUGACUUCCACUCCUGAAGUCAGACGUUGAGUUGCAGGCGCUGCAGAUUGCAAGCAUUGCAAACGUUGCCAUGGCGUCUACUACGAAGGACGAGACAGACAGCUUGGAUCUCAAUGGGGAGGAAGAGGAUCAAUUUGAACCGCUAGUAUCUUCAACAAUGCCAGGAACUCAGCUCACGGCCAAGCUGAUGCGGAGCUUGACCACGCGAAUGCAACAGCUGGGAGACUCAGGCCAGGAGCGCCUCAGUCUGCUGCCCAUUGUUGGCGAGCGGUCCGGUUGGCUGAUUGAGCCUUCGGAUGUUGAGUUGGGGGAGGUUCUGGGGAAGGGCUCAACUGCAACGGUGUAUAAGAGCCGGUGGCACGGGCUCGAUGUGGCUGUCAAAGUGCUGGAUCCGUCCUGCUUUGAUGACUUGGGCAGCCUGACGUCCUUCUGCCGCGAGCUCGAGCUCUUCUCCACGCAGCGCCACCCGCACAUCCUGCCAUUCCUCGCUGGAACCCUCGACAUUCCCCACAAGUGCUAUGUUGUCACCAGCCUAAUGGACAGCACGAUGACCAUGUGGCUCCACGGGUGCUCGGAACGAAAGUCGACGCGGCAGAUCCCGCUGCCACCGAUGAAGGACCGGCUCCGAGUUGGGCUGGAGGUCGCGCUGGCGCUUCAACACUUGCACGAGCAAAAGCCCAUGAUCAUUCAUAGGGACCUGAAGCCGUCGAACGUCUUCAUUGGCGGGAAUGGCCACGCCUUCCUGUCCGACUUUGGGUUCGCGCGGCUGCUACGACCGGGUGACAUCAGCAUGACGAGGGCCACAGGUACGUUCAUGUACAUGGCACCCGAGGUGAUCCGGAGCGACAAGUACGAUCAGCGCUGCGAUGUGUACAGCUUCGGCGUCCUGCUGAACGAGGUGCUGUGCGGUUACCCCCCCUUCAUCGAGGUCCGCCAAGCGCCGUUCCAGAUUGCCGAAGCCGUCGUCAAGGCGGGGAUCCGCCCCUUCCUGGUUAAGACCGACGCGGACCCCCGGGUCAUAGACCUGAUCAAGAUGUGCUGGACCCAGGAUCCAGAUGGACGGCCCCCAAUGAGCCACGUCACCACCACCCUGCGCGAGAUCCUUGCUGACGUGCACAAGGGAAAGAAGAGCCGCAGCGGAAAAGUCAGCGACGGGGCCGGCAACGAAAGCCGGUCCUCCGUGAUGUCACGGCUUUUCAAGACCAAGUCAGGGACGUGAAACAACUAUUGAGCCGUGCAUCUUUACCCGCCAUACUAGUUGGGCUUCAAUGCGGAUCCCGUCUAACGUCUAUUGUAAAGGGGACUUGAACGGGAGCAAGGGAGAGUGGGGUUGCCUGUUCGAGGGCCGAUUGAUAUGCUAACUGAUUGAGCUACAGUAAUCGUAGCGUGAGCGCCGCAUACGGGGCUGUAUGAAGCGCUGAGGAAAAUAAGACUGCAGCCUCUGAGAAAGUCGAGAAGAAUGCAAAAAGGGCAAAAAUGAUACACGAUGGGCUGCUCGACUUGGUUUCAGCAAAAUGUGCAAGAGGAGGAGCGAGCAGCCUUCAGCGUCAAGUCUUGCUUAUUGAGUUUUGAGCUCUAGGGAAAUGGAUCCCAGAUUUGGCGCCCGCCCUAGCUAGACUCAAAGCCGUAUGCAAGUGAGCGAGCAUAGCGACGUUUUAGUAUUGUACAGUGUUUGCUUACAGCACCAAGCGAUCGGACACUUCAUAGCCUAGCAGAGCUAUGGCAGGACCAAUAGAAAGAUGCGGUACGUGUGUGUACAGACCAAAGAUCCAUCGGAGGCCGAAAGUGAUUUGGCCCGAACCAGUAACGCUCCUGAUUGCGAAAGUAUAGCUAUUGAAAACGCUCACACAAAUCUCUUUUGGUAUGUGAAGUUUGAACGUUGGAUUGUGACCAUGCGGAAUUUCUGCAUUUAGUCGCAAAGUCUGUACUGAUGUUACGAGGUCCUCAUAGCUUUAUUGAGUACUGGUACGAUGGUGGCGGCAG